AGAUUGUGCCGUGAAAUCGUUGAUUCCGAACGCGACCGUCGUUCAGGCCGCAUUAAUUGUGUUCGUGCGAAAGUAUAUUCGGGAAAACAUUGUGAAUAUGUUUUUGAUGCAUUCAACGAUUUUCGCCUUCUUUUUGAUUAACUUCGCCUCAUCGGCCGAUCUUGAUGUGGAACUGCAAUUACUUCACGUGGUAUUUCGCCAUGGUGACAAAGUGCCCCAUCGAGAGUAUCAAAAUUAUCCCAAUGAUCCGCAUCGAGAACACUCUUACUACCCGAUAGGAAACGGUGAUUUAACCAAUCAAGGCAAGAUGCGGGAAUACAAAAUCGGGACGAUGCUGCGCGGAAGAUACGAUCAAUAUUUCGGUCCGGAUUAUUGGCCGGCCAAGAUCUAUGCCCGAUCUACGGAUGUCCCGCGAACCCAACUGUCUCUCCAGUUGGUCCUGGCAGGAUUAUUCCCGCCCUCCGAGAGACAAACCUGGAAUCCACACUUGCCCUGGAUUCCAACGUGGACGUUCUUCGUGCCGUACAAGACUGACAAUCUCUUGUUUCCGCAUUACUGCCAUCGAUACAGGGAAGAAUAUCAACGGUUCCUUCAAUUGGACAGUACAAAAGAGAUAAUUAAUAAAUACAAGAACGUAAUGAAUUAUUUGACCGAUCAUUCUGGUAAAUUGAUUAACAGUACAGAAGCAGUUACCCAUAUGUAUAAUUUACUCAAAGAAGAGGCUGCACAAAAUUUAACGCUACCAAAGUGGACCCAGAAUGUUUAUCCUAAUCCGAUGGAAGAGAUGAUAGAAUUGGACUUCAAACUUCGAUCGUAUACAAAGACUUUGAAGAAAUUAAAUGGAGGCAUAUUGCUUCGCAAAAUGGUGGAUGAUAUUCGAGAACGAAGAGCAGGAAAAUUGUCACAUGACAGAAAAGCUUUUCUAUUUGGCAGUCACGAAGUCAAUAUAGCUGCCGUUGCCUAUGCUUUGGGAACAAACGAACCAACAGUUCCUGCUUAUGGUUCUACAAUUAUUCUAGAGACUCUCCAGGAUAAAAAGGGAAUUUACUACGUCCGGGUCUUACUGUGGACUGGCGUUACGGAACAACUGAUUAUACAGACGAUCCCAGGUUGCACGGAAUUGUGUCCCUUCGUGAAAUUUCUCGAUAUUGUAAAGGAUGUUUUACCGAAUGACGACGAUUACUAUUGUCGACGGAAUGAUAAAACGACGGAGGAUCUUGUACCGCAUUAUCAAUCAUCGGCGACACGUAUAGCCGACGACAGAUUUUGGCGAUACAUCUUCUUCGUCGGUCUACUCGCGUUUGCGUCGAAAUUCGUACAAAAGUGAUUCAAUGCGGAUAUAGUCUAGAUAUUUAUUUUUCUUUUUUUUUUCGCGAGGAACGUGACCUUAACCAGGAAAAUAGUUGUGAAAAUAAUCGACCCGGCUCGCAUUCUGACCGAUACUUGUAUCGGAAAUACUUCAUCGAACUAUGAGAGUACUCGGAAGGCCCAACGAUGUUGCGGUUAUACAUUUUGCUGCGUAUGUGCGGUUAGCGCGUUGAUGUAUUUUACCGCAAGUGUUGUUACACUGUCACGUUAUACACGCGAACUACUGUGUAUAUAUGUAAAUAGCUGACGGUAUAUUGAUUUUAUUGUAGUCGAUAUCGUAAUCAUUUCAAAACAAACAUCUCAUUCAUAAACACGUAUUAUCUAGAACGUGGGAUUUUCAAAGCCUACGUCGGAUUUAAUCAAUCAUUCAUGUUCGUAAAUAAAUGUUGUCGGUAAAAGUUACCUACGAUAUCCUGUGACAUUAUCCACUGCCAUAUAAACAUUUAGAAAUCGCCUUAUUAUUAUUCGUUAAUAUUAAUAUAUUGAAUAAUAUUGUAUCUUUAUGACCUUAUGUGUAAAGCACAAUGAAAAUCAAAUAUUAAUAAACCGAAAAAUUGAUGAAAAAUUAUGAUAUGUGUUUUUUGCCAUUACAUACUAUUUUUACACGUACAUAUAGAUACAUUUGACAGUAUUAAGGAAUAAAAAUUAUUUUCUUAUAUAUUAAAUAUAUAGAUAAAUUUUUUAUAUGAAGCUGAUAAUAGAAAAUAAUAUAGUAACCUGAAGAUGUAAAAAAUAAACGUCAGUUUGACAGUCGUUUUAAUGUCACAGAUAUCGUAAUCGGAUUAAGUUCUCCGUUCGGCGAAUGCAAAAUUGGAGCAAAUUUGAUUCCAACGAACAGACUGACUUUUCUAUUCUCGUCGAGAUGAAGAGUUCAAGAACCUGAACGCGAUCGAAUAGCAGUUUACACGAGAUAGAAAUGGAUAUCACGAUUACGAUCGACACAUUCGUCGCUUUAAUUUGGAAAAUCGUUAAAAUUAUAAAAGAGAAAAAUGGCGAUCUAUAAUAUUUCCAUUUGCGUAUAAUGCGCGAUACAAUAUUUACAAUUCGCUAAAAUAUUUGAGAAACACUGCUCCUGCGCGAUCCUUGGUCGUCGUUUUCCGUUCUGCAUGGAAUCAAGCAUCUCGACGUAGAUACGCGCAACCAAGAGGGGUCCCUGCACUUUCGUUACGGUGAUUCACCUUGCGUGGCGAAACUACGUACGAAUGCGUGUGCAUCUAAGAUGCAUCCGUUAAGGAGUAAGUGCGUUUCGUAUGAAGCGCGUUAUUUACAUAACGACGGUUCUUGAUGGCAUACUGUCACAAUGAGGUAUCAUGAUACCACAAAUGAGAGAAUGAUACCAUAAAUACGCUUAUUUUAUACUCUUCUAUUAUCAAUGAGAUUAGUACAUCCGAUGCGGUCAAGAAUUAAAACGGUAUAAAAAAUUAAUAGCGCGACGAUUCCUCUGUUCCCUCUCUCUUCUAUUCGACCCGAUUUGAAAUAGCGAGUUAUUAUUCGAAUUAGCAUGAAUAAUGGCAUCGGUAUAAAUGCAAACUCUAUAAAUUAUGCUCAAUAAAAGCUCGUAUUUGGUUAACCUGUUUUUCUUUCCACCACUAUGAGAGUAUAGUUAUUUCUGUGAUACGUCACGUAUUUUUUUAUUAAAUAUCAAUUUUAAUUUCAAGCGAUAUAUUGAUUCGUUUCUAAUAAAGAACUAACCGGCGGAGUAUUUUAAAAUUAAUUGUAAGAGAAACGUUUUCGGUACGAUAUCCAUAAUUUGCCAACUCCGAUAUAGUCCAAUGUGCUUUGAACUAUUCGAUACGCGCUAUAUAAGUAACUGCUAUGCUAAUUUACACGAAAUUGUACGUAUACACAGUGUGCAAGUACGCGCCGCUCAAUUUAAAUAAUUAACAGUGUUGAAUCAAAACUCCGAAAUCUGAACGGGUCGUUAACGCGAUCGAUAACUCAUAUUUGUUUGUUAAAGUACAUGUACUUUAGACGUCUAAUAUAAGCGAGAGAUUUCUUCUCGUUAGAAACGAUAUAUUUAUAAUCUUGUUACGAUAGUUCUUUAUAAAAAUACAUAAUAUGCAAAAACACUAGAAAUUUUUGCAUGAUAUUAAAAAAAUCAAUUGCAUGUUAACAAGAAGCAAAAAUUUUGUAAUGUGCGUUAUUUAUGAAUAAUGAUCGUACGUUUGAGAACAUGUGUAUCUUAUCAUAAAAGAUGGCAAAUUACAAGCGUAUAAAGGUGAAGGUGUGGGAAUGCAUACCACCGAUGAGUGGUAGCUAAUGUCCUCUCAAGGCAAGGGUUUCUCAAUAGACAUACGAUUGUUUAAGUGGCAGACGCAGAUACGGCACCGGCGAAGGAGCAUCGUGAGGAAUUUCUAGUUUGCAUUAUGCAAAUUCCAUCAUCGCAUAUGUUAACCGUUCUUUAA